AUGAAAAGGGCCUCGGGAAGGAGCUCGAGCAUUCUUUGCUCUAAUUCUUGCAUGGCUCGUGCCUCUGGAAUUCAGAUCAUCCCUGGCAUUCUCCAAAGGGUAUUGCUCUAUGGGAUGGGCAGCUCCAGCCCAGUAAUUCACCACAUUACCAGCUUGCGUGUGCAAUUAUCCACAUUGGGCAGGUUGGAUCAUCUUGGCGUCUCCACACAUCUCUCCUUUCACGCUGUUCUGUGCAGUCACAUAUGGGUUUUAACCCACGUGCAUUCUCCCUUUCCAGUAUAUCGACAUUUGUGCAGUAACGGCAGUAGGCCAGGCGAUCUAUUCUAUGCUCGUAACAGCGAUACUAAUAAGAGAAGGCUCUGUUGUAGUCAGGGAUCGGGGAGCAAGAGUGCUGGAAAUGAGGACGGUAGCAUUAGCGGGGACAUUGGUGUUAAGACCAGCUUGAACUAUGGUGGCUUAAGUUCGGCUUGA